CCUCUCUCUCUCUCUCUCUCUCUCUCUCUCUCUCUCUCUCUCUCUCUCUCUCUCUCUCGGUUUCUCUCUCGCCACCUGUUAGUUCAGACCCCGUGCAUUGAGAUACACUUGUUUAUGAGGGAAGCUUUCACAUUCUCGCAAUCAUAGCUCUAUGACGGUGCGUAAAGGAAAGAAACUCAGCAUCACUAUCCAGGAACACAUGGCCAUUGACGUCUGCCCCGGCCCCAUUCGACCUAUCAGAACAAUCUCUGCCUACUUCCCCCGCCUGUCCCCCACCUCUGAGCCCCUCUCCCCCAACCCCACUGGCUCCCCAUUGGUCCUCAGUCCUGGGGGCGCAGCCUGCGGGAUGGGGGGUGGCGGCGGGGGUGGGCUCUUGACGCCAUUGCUGCCGGGGACGAUGGGAGGGGGCGGGUCUUUGUCGUUACAGAGCAGUAUGGACACAUCUGUGGAGAUCAACAGUUCUGACAGUGACGACUGCACUUCUUUAGGAACACUGGAGUUUGACUUGCAGUACGAGCGAGCCUCCAGUAAGCUACACUGCACUAUCCUCAGGGCCAAGGGUCUGAAGCCUAUGGAUUUUAACGGCCUAGCAGACCCCUAUGUCAAACUGCACCUUCUUCCCGGGGCCUGCAAGGCUAACAAGUUGAAGACAAAGAUAGUGCGGAAUACUCUGAAUCCGGUGUGGAAUGAAACACUUACCUAUGUUGGGAUCACAGAGGAGGACAUGCAUAGAAAGACACUCAGGUUGUCAGUGUGUGAUGAGGAUAAGUUGACUCAUAAUGAGUUCAUUGGGGAGUCUCGCGUUCCCCUGAAGCGCGUCAAGCCAGACCAGACCAAACACUUCCACACCUGUCUGGAACACCCACCCCCACUACCCUCUCCAACCACCAUGGGGACAGCACUCCGAGGAAUCUCCUGCUACUUAAGAGAGCAGUGGGAGAACGAGCAGCUUCACAGUCUGGAGGAGAGGGGCCGGGUGCUCCUCUCCCUGCAGUUCCUUCCCCCGCUAGACGAGGGCGAGGGAGGAGGAGGGGGGCGGAGAGGAGAGGGAUUGUGUGUCGGCGUGCAGCGCUGCGCUCACUUGGCCGCCAUGGACGUCAACGGCUUCUCAGACCCCUACGUCAAAACAUAUCUGAAGCCCGACACACAGAAGAAAUCCAAACACAAAACGGCUGUGAUUAAAAAGACCCUUAACCCUGAAUUCAAUGAGGAGUUCUUUUAUGAGAUCUCCAUGUCAGAGCUGUCCAAUAAGACUCUGGAGGUCACUGUCUGGGACUACGACUUGGGACGCUCCAAUGACUUCAUAGGUGGAGUGUGCCUGAGCUGUCACUCACAGGGAGACCCCCUCCGCCAUUGGAUGGACUGCCUUAAGAACAAGGGACAGAGGGUGGAGCGCUGGCACAUACUGACCAAUGAGCUCCCAAGAUCUGUAUGUCAUGAGUAAGGCCACACACCGACUGAGACACAAGGCUGAGUCCCAAUUCUUCACCCUUCUUUUAAUUCCAUGAUGGGGAGUGUGCAAAUGCACACUUUGGGAGAAGUGUGGAGAAUCGGGACACAGAUCAAAUCAUCCCUCUAGCCCCCUACCACCUAGGCAUUCCUGGAGAUCUGAGAGGAUUGGAUAGACCAGAAAUAUGGAGGGAAUUCCACCUAACUUAUCAGAAAGCAAGGGGGAAGCAAUGACCAUAUUGAUCUAGAUCCUAUCUAAACCUUUCAGAUCUACCGUAGUGCCUAGGUGGUAGGGGUCGAUUUGGAACUCAGCGAACAUGCAGCAUGUCUAGGCUCUCUCUAGAGCCCUGUUUAUACCUGGUUCUAACGUGCUUCCCUCUUCCUGAUAUUUUCCUGACGGUUUACACUUAUAAGAUCUGAUCACAAUCAGAUAACAAUGCGUCUUUUAAUCAUCUACACCUGUCUAAAAAUGUGGGCACAAUCCGAAUGUGGACAGGAUCAGAACAAAGGACACAUGUUAGCACCAGGUAUAAAUGGGGAUGACUUGCCACAGAAUAGGAUGCACUACCGGUAUGUUUCUAUGUGUAUAAGGGUGAUUCAAACCAACACACCAUAACACACCAUGGAGUUGAUGCAUGCUGAAUACAAGUCAUAUACAAUACAAGGCAUGGAUGUUAUUAAGCACAUCUCCUUUAUGCUAUGGAAUAGACAAGUGGUUGUGUAGAUGGUCCCUUCAAGUUAGAUCAGGGUUUCUUUGAUUAUUGGAAUCAGCUGAGUAGUGCUAGGGCAAAAACCAAAAUGUGCACCCCUAGGACCGAGUUUGGGAAACGCUGAGUUAGAUGGAGAUGUUUGUCAGUGGGAUGGGGAAUGCGGUUCUUGUUGCCUUAUGGCCUCUUGUCACUAAUAUUGACAUUCACAACUCAACAUCAUACCUCUGAUUUUAUCUGAUUUCAUCUGCACGUUUUAGUCUACGGGCUCUUUUACUUCUCUUCUCUUGUUCUGCUGAUUUGAUUGAUUUCCAUGUCUUUCAUGGUUCUUUUAAUAACAAAUUGAUAUCUAUGUUGGUAAUAAUAUGCCUAUGCUACAUCAAUACCGGCACACAAAUAUCUAACAUCAGAUAUCCUGUUUCUAUUGUUGUAAUUUGAACCCAAAUGGAACCUUAUUCCUAAAUAAUGCACUACUUUUGACCAAAGCCCUAUGGGCCUUGGUCAAAAGUAGUGCACUACAUAGGGAAUAGGGGGGGGGGCAUUUGGGACAAACCCAUUCACUGCAUCCCAAACAUGACAUACACUAAUAUUAUUAUUAUGAAUACAGAAGUUCUUCCAUGUUGUUGCAUGAUGCAAUACAGUCUUGACAAAAAAAAGUUGUCCCCUCCCUAAUAUAACUAUCCCCUUCCCCAAAAAAGUAUUUGAUAAAACAAAGUAUAAUUAUUAUUACUUUAUUUAUUAUUGAGGUGAUUUCCCUGUAUUGUUAUUUUUGUUUUCUGUCAUGUUUCUUAUAUUUGUCUCUUAAUGCACGACUGAAUGUGUGAAUGUGGGUUUUUACUGACGUUUCAAUGGCUGUAUACGAUUAUCUUGUUGUGCUUUUAACAAUUGUUGUUCUUACAUUUAUAUCAGGUGUUUUGUGUACAAUAUGAAAAUACAUUUGGAAUGCACUACCGUAUAAGUCUGAUUUGGUUUCUAUUUUGUGAGAUGGCUUGGCUGAGGGUAAUCCAGUACUCACUCAGUGCUACUGAACAGUAAAAUAAAUCACUACCCCCUGGUGGUUCAAUGAAUACAUUACACAUUUUCACAUAUUAGUAAUUUAGCUAACCCUCUGACCAUGUUCAACGGUCCUUGCUAUCCUGCAUCCUUGGGACGUCCCAACUCUGACAUUACCUUAUUGAAGUUGAACUUUACAAUGGUUACAAUUAGGUAAGGGUUAAAGUUAGGGUUAGGGACGUCCCAAAGAUCCCGGAUAGCACUAACCAAUUUUCAACUCCCCAUAACAAGUAUCAAGCAAGAAUCAAUAAGACGCUGCUGUUUUUUAUGUGACAAACUUUUAAAUGAAAGGCAACAUGAAUACAACAACACACAUUUAAAAAUAAUCCCAUUUACUGUACAUAAGGCUCUGAACUAUCAGCGCCACAGUAAGUCUUGAAGUCUGAGCACUUGCUAUUUGAGACCAUGAUGAGAUUCUAAUGAAGGCAUCCUAAGCCGGUUUGUGUCUCAGAUCAGUGCAGACAUGGGGUGCUCCUUUUCCUUUAAUUUUACUGGAUAGUCACCUUAUGAAGUAUCCUGGGGUAAGGAAUGUGUUUUUGGACUCCUAAACCACAUGAGUAAAACUCCAGUCCUUAGAUUCAGCACUGGAGUGUCUGUGGGUUUUGGUUCCUCCCUUUUCCUUAAUUAAUCAGUGUUUCUUAAUGGACAAGUUCAAAAAGUUUCACUUCCUUUCCGUUUUCUUCCGUUUCAUGCCAAGUGAACAUGACCCCGGUUUUUCUUGCAGGUCUAGAUCCUAAAAACUUUUUUUUUAAAGACCGAAAACAAGUAGACACUGACUGCGGCUCUAAAGGAAUUGUGUUUGACACCAGUGUCUUCAACCCAUGGUUCAUCCUCUGCAGUCUCUAAGGUCAGCAGGCUCCACCCCCUGAGUCACAAGCAGGAAGUGGAUCAAUACUACAACACAGCAAAAGUCAAUAACCUCCCUGUAACAGACUGGGCCCCGCUGACCUUUGGACGGACUGGUGCACAAACACAAAUGCACUGCACGCAUACAGUAAAAUAAAACACACACACACAGUAAAAAAAAAAAGUCUACACACAUUUGCUGCUUGCUUAAGGUAGUCCAUCACAUCUGAUGAUGACUUCAACUACUGCUUGUGGGUUCGCUGAUGACUGUAUAAUCAGAUGCGGAAUGCACACUGUCUGCCACAGACAGAGCACACGAUUGGCCAUACACUCCCCUCCAUAUGUAUUUGGACAGUGAAGCAAAAAAAAAAUUUGUCUCUAUACUCCAGCAUUUUGGAUUUGAGAUUUUCAUGCAUAUCUGUUUAGAAAUUAAAGCACUUUAGGUCCCACUUUAAACUAAGUACAACUUUGUUUAUCCAAAUGUACCCCAUUUUUGUGGUAUCCAAUUGUGUUUCAUUGCGGCAACUCUCCAACGGGCUCGGGAGAGGUGAGAAUCGGACAAACAAGCUGCUUUUUAUACACACCCGGAAGUCAGCUGGGCCAAUGUGUUGGAGGGGACACCGACUGACGACCCUAGUCAGCUUGCAAGUGCCCAGUCCGCCACAAGAAGAUGCUAGAGCAAGUUAAGACAAGGAAUCCCCUGCCAACCCUACCCUCCCCUAAACCGGACAGUGCUAGGCCAAUUGUGCACCGCCCUUGGAAUUCCCGGUCACGGCAGGCUGUAGUGACGCCCUUCUGCACUUCAGCAGGAUGUGCCACUCGGGAGCUCCGUUGCAAAGUACAACUUAUAAAGGCUUUAUAUAGCACUACUUAAGUGCUUUACAAAUCAUUAGCAUAUGUCAUAAUCUCUAAAUGGUGUGUAAACUUACAUUUGGCAAUACACCCUACAGUGGGAAUUGUUAUGUCACCCUUUAUACACCAUUUAUAGCGUAGGACAUACGCUUAUAGAUUAUUUGUGAAGCAUUUAUAUAGUGCUUAUAAAGCCUUUAUGUAUGCUAUAAAAAGCCUUUAUACAGUGGGGGAAAAAAGUAUUUAGUCAGCCACCAAUUGUGCAAGUUCUCCCACUUAA